GGAUAAAUGCCACUAAUUAAAACCGCUAAAAAGUAUUUAAAAAAAAGUAAUCUUCCAUGUCAACUAAUAUUUAUCAAAGCAAAUUUUGAAUUUUUACCUCGAGCGAUAACAUUUUUAGAAAAAAGAGGUACUAAGCUGUCGGAUUCGUUAAAAAUAAUUGAAGAUACAAAAAAUAAAAUCAGUCACUUGAAAUGUACAAAGGCUAUACCAUUUGUAAAUAAAAUGAAUGAUGUUUUAGAUAAAAAUUCUGGUUAUAAUAUUGUGUUGAAAAUUUAUAAAAUAUUAAGUGGUGUAGUGGAAAAUUUGGAAGGUUUGCCUGAAGAUAUGACAAAUGAUGAUUUGGCAUACUUUAAUUAUGCUCCAAUUACUUCUGUAGACGUUGAACGGAGUUUCUCAAUUUACAAAAAUUUAUUGUCCCGUAAUCGUCGGAGAUUUACAUUCGAAAACAUAAGAAAGUAUUUAAUCGUACAAUGUUAUUUUCAAGAAACUCAAAAUGAUUCAGAAUUAAUGAUGUAAUUUUUAC